GAGCCCUCUACAGGGACGUCAUGCAGGAGAACUACGAGACGGUGACCUCGCUGGGAUUUCCCAUUCCCAAACCUGAGCUGAUCGCCCAGCUGGAACAAGGGGAAGAGCCGUGGGUGCCCGAUCUCCAGGCCUGUGAAGAAAGAGAGAGCCCAAGAGACACCCACACAGCAGGUGAUAAGAGAGUGAGUGAGAAUGAAGAGGAGAAUCAUGGUGCAGAUGUUCCUGGUGAAGUGGAACCACAGGAGACCUUUAUGGGAAGAGCUGAAGGGAAUUUUUCCCAGUGCUGGGAACAGGGAGAAGCUUGUGAAAAUUGGCACAGGUCAGAGAGGCUUGUGGGAAACCACCCAGGGAAGAAAGCGGAUGAAUAUAUUAUCUGUGGGAGAGGAGACAAGGAUCCCAUAGUGCAGCAGACAAAUCCAAAGCAAGAGACACCCUGGCACUGCCUGCAGUGUGGGAAAAGAUUCAUUCUGAGCUCACAGCUUGUAACACAUCAGACAAUCCAUACUGGAGAGAAACCCCUUCAAUGCUUGGAUCGUGGAGAAAGCUUCAGUAACUGCUUAGACCUUAAUAACCAUGGGAGACGCCACACAGAAGAGAAACCCGCUCAAUGCCUCGAGUGCAGGAAAUGUUUCAUUUGGAAGUCAGAAAUAAUUACACAUCAUAUAAGCCACACAGGAGAUAAGUGCAUGGACUGUGGAGAAAGUUUCAUACAGAGUUCAGACCUUGAUAAACAUCAGAGAAUCCACACAGGAGACAGACCUCACAAGUGCGUGGACUGUGGGAAAAGUUUCAGGUGGAGGUCAGCCCUUUUUAAACACCAGGCAUUGCACACAGGAGAGAGACCCCAUAAGUGCUUAGACUGUGGGAAAAGUUUCAUACGGAGGUCAGACCUUGUUAAACAUCAGAGAAUCCACACAGGAGAGAGACUUCACAAAUGCGUGGACUGUGGGAAAAGUUUCAUACAGAGAUCAGACCUUGAUAAACAUCAGAGAAUCCACACAGGAGAGAGACCUCACAAGUGUGUGGACUGUGGAAAAACUUUUAUACAGAAGUCAGCCCUUGUUAAACAUCAGAGAAUUCACACAGGAGAGAGACCCCAUAAGUGCUUGGACUGUGGGAAAACGUUCAGAAUCACAUCGGCCCUUGUUUUACAUCAGAAAAUCCACACUGGAGAAAGCCCCCAUAAGUGCUUAGACUGUGGAAAAAUUUUCAUAUGGCGAUCAGACCUUGUUAAACAUCAGAGAAUCCACACAGAAGAGAGACCUCACAAAUGUGUGGACUGUGGAAAAAGUUUCAAACAAAGGUCAGACCUUGCUAAACAUCAGAGAAUCCACACAGGAGAGAGACCUCACAAGUGUGUGGACUGUGGAAAAACUUUUAUACAGAAGUCAGCCCUUGUUAAACAUCAGAAAGUCCACACGAGAGGGAGACCCUAUAAGUGUUUGGACUGUGGGGAAAGUUUCAGAAUCCCAUCAUCCCUUGUUUUACAUCAGAGAAUCCACACAGGAGAAAGCCCCCAUAAGUGCUUAGACUGUGGGAAAAAUUUUGUACGGCGGUCAGAUCUUAUUAAACAUCAGGCAAUCCACACAGGAGAGAGACCCUACAAAUGCGCAGAUUGUGGGAAAAAUUUUGUACGGACGUCAGACCUAAUUAAACAUCAGGCAAUCCACAGAGGAGAGAGACCCCAUAAGUGUUUGGAAUGUGGAAAAUGUUUCACACACAAAUCACAUCUUAUAGCACAUCAGAGGAUCCACACAGGAGAGAGACCCCAUAAGUGCUUGGACUGUGGGAAAACUUACACACAGAGAUCACACCUCACUAAACAUGGGAGAAUCCACACUGGAGAGAGACCCUAUAAGUGCUUGGACUGUGGGAAAAGUUACACACAGAAAUCACACCUCACUAAACAUGCGACAAUCCACACAGGAUCUAAACUUCUGUGACCCAUGGCCAGAAAGGGCUAAGAAACUUGCAGGCUAAUUGACCCAGAUUCAACCUUUAGACACAUCUUAGAAAUGUGUGUAAAUGGAAAUUAGCGCCAUUCCAUAUUAGAUAAGCUAGAGCUUUUAAAUGCAAACUUUUAUGGUUAAAGAACUGGAAGAAGCUAGUAAUUGUCAUAGUCCAGGUGUAGGCAACCUAUGGCACAGGUGCCGAAGGCGGCCCGCGAGCUGAUUUUCAGUGGCACUCACACUGCCCAGGUCCUGGCCACCA